UUUGUCCUCCUCUAUAUAUAUAAACACUUUCUCUGCUCUAUUCUCUUUUUAUAAACAAUUGAAAAUUUUAAAUUUUAAAAAAUCCGAUGGCUUUUUCAUCAGGCACAUGAAAUUUCCCCCCAUUUAUACUAUUAUAACCCCUCUCUCUUUUUCCCCUCUUCUCUCUCUCUUAAUCUCUAUACUUUGAAGACGGAAGGCCAUGGGAAGAGCUCCUUGCUGUGACAAAGCAAACGUCAAGAAGGGUCCGUGGUCGCCGGAGGAAGACACGAAACUCAAAUCCUAUAUCGAGCAGCACGGUACAGGUGGAAACUGGAUUGCACUGCCCCAGAAAAUCGGUCUUAAGCGAUGUGGGAAAAGCUGCCGACUCCGGUGGUUGAACUACCUUCGUCCUAAUAUUAAGCAUGGGGAUUUUUCUGAAGAAGAAGAUAGAAUAAUUUGCAGCCUUUAUGUUAGCAUUGGAAGCAGGUGGUCGAUUAUUGCAGCUCAAUUACCUGGACGAACAGAUAAUGAUAUAAAGAAUUAUUGGAACACAAGAUUGAAGAAGAAAUUAUUUGGAAAACACCACGAGAAGCAACAACAACAAUUGGUGAGAAGAGGAAGAAAAAUCAAAUCCGAAAUAGGAAAUUCCAUGGCGAUUGUUUUUGAUAAUCAGGUUAUUUAUAAUAAUAAUAAUAAUAACCAAUCGCCUUUCUUGCCGGAGCUAUCUCCGGCGCUCAAUUCGCCGCCGUACCCAAGCUACCAACCGCUUCAAUUCCCUUCAAAUUCUCAACAACUUUUGGGCCACACCGCCGGCGUUGAUGAUUACCUGAGGAGAACCGACAGUGUACGGUUUGGAAUUGAGGGGACUUCGAGUCAACCAAUCACGAGCUGCCACGUAGGUGAGUUGGAGAAGGUUGUUUACAGCAAUACGCCGUCGUUUGACGAUGGGCUGCAGUUUUCAUGUGAAAACAAUGGGUUGAAUUUGAUCGACGAUUUAGACUGGGGGGAAAUGAGUUCUUUGAUUUCUGCUCCUUUAUAUCCUUCGACGAUAAUUUGAUGAUUUGAUUUUGUUCGUCUUAAUGUGAGAUUAUCAAAAUUAUCUCAAUGUGUACAUGAUGAUUAUAACUCAAUAGGUCAGGAUUCUUGUAGAAGUAAAACCCUAAGAAGUUUUAGACUUUUCUUUUUUAAUUACUGUUAUUACAAUAUAGUUGAGAUUUGAUAUGCUUUGUUUUUUGAUCUUUUCUCUCUCAUUUCAUU